AUGAAGCACAUUAUCAAUCCAUAUGAAAAUAUCAAUGAUACAGCAAGAAAUAAUUCAGACUGUCCUCAUGUAGUUUUGCCAGAAGAGAUAUUUUUCACAAUCUCCAUCAUUGGAGUUUUGGAGAACCUGAUUGUCCUCUUGGCUGUAAUCAAGAACAAGAAUCUUCAGUGCCCCAUGUACUUUUUCAUCUGUAGCUUGGCUAUUUCUGACAUGUUGGGCAGUCUGUACAAGAUCUUAGAAAAUAUCUUAAUCAUGUGCAGGAACAUGGGUUAUCUCAAGCCUCGUGGCAGUUUUGAAACCACAGCAGAUGACAUCAUUGACUCCAUGUUCAUCCUUUCUUUGCUGGGCUCUAUCUUCAGCCUGUCUGUGAUUGCUGCUGACCGCUACAUCACCAUCUUCCAUGCAUUACAAUAUCACAGCAUUGUGACAAUGCGCCGCACCAUCAUCACUCUAACAGUUAUCUGGAUGUUCUGCACAGGGAGCGGCAUCACCAUGGUGAUCUUCUCCCACCACAUCCCCACUGUGCUCACCUUCACUUCGCUGUUCCCUUUGAUGCUGGUCUUCAUCCUGUGUCUUUACAUUCAUAUGUUCUUACUGGCCCGCUCCCAUACUAGGAAGAUUUCUACCCAUCCUAAAGCCAACAUGAAAGGGGCCAUCACACUGACCAUCCUUCUCGGAGUCUUCAUCUUCUGUUGGGCUCCCUUUGUCCUUCAUGUCCUCUUAAUGACCUUCUGCCCGAAUAACCCUUACUGUGUUUGCUAUAUGUCUCUCUUCCAGGUGAAUGGUAUGUUGAUCAUGUGCAAUGCAGUCAUCGACCCCUUUAUAUAUGCUUUUCGGAGCCCAGAGCUCAGGGAUGCAUUCAAAAAGAUGAUUUUCUGCAACAGGUAUCAAUAG